AAAACACAGAAAUCGGUAUGGCACAAACAAAACUUUUACGCUUUAUAAAGACGUGAAGCCAUUUAAAACAACAUGGCGAGUGCACGUGAAACUACUUCAUUCGUAGAAAACAAAACACAACUAUGGAGGGGAUACACUUGAAUGCACGCAGAUGAAACUAUGAUUGAUAUUUAAACUGAGUAAGUCAAAAACCUUCUGGUUAUUGAUGGAACCAGCAGAAGAUAUCCUUUUCUUUUUUUAUCAUGUAUCAUGAAUGGUUCGCUUCUUAAUGUUUUAGAGAGAGAGAGAGAGUUCAUGUUUAUGUUUUCAGUUUUAUAUUCCUUGACGUGAUUGAUACGUUAGAGAUCAGGAAUAGCUCUCAAAAGGGUCUUUUUUUAACGGAUGCAAUGCAAGUCUUGUGCCGGUUUCUUCAACAUUAGAUGUUUGUCCACAUCGUCCUAAGGCCGGAGAAACAAUAAGCACUUUGAAGUUUGCAUUGAGCUAUGUGCUGCCUGAGUAAACAAUUAUACUUCAGAUGUGUUGUUAAACAUGACUUCAAGCGAUGAUCUUCAGUUUCCGUUGGACACCAACUUCUUUUUGUUCUUGGACCCGCCAGAAAAUUUUAAUGCUCUCACGGCGUGUCCGGAAAAUCCUUCGUUGCUGGCUUCAGAAGGUGUACACAAUGAGAUUGUUGAAUCUAUCUCUGUCUCUGCCGCCACAAAUGAUAUAUAUCACUCAACAUUGAUAGAAAAUCCGCCCACUGAUCAAGAGACAUUAACAACAAACUCAAGCUUUUGUCCAGAGAUGGUACCACAACAUCAAAGCUUCCAUCACCAGGACGAUUAUUCCAGAUCUUUCAACGCAGUAGAAAACUUUCCUGGCAUGGUGCAGCCACCAUGUACAUUCCGCAAUGGCCAAAGAGAAACCAAUGAUGUACAUCCCUCAACAUUAAUAGAAAAUCCGCACACUGAUCAAGAGACAUUAACAAGAAAUUCAAGCUUUGUUCCAGAGAUGAUUUUACAACAUCAAAGCUUCCAUUACCAGGACCAUUAUUCUAGAUCUUUCAACGCAGUAGAAAAAUUUCCGGGCAUGCCACCAUGUACAUUCCAGAGUGGCCAAAGAGAAAGUGGCUACAGUGACAACUGUUUGCUAACCUCGACGAAUAAGGUGAUGACAACUGAAUUUCAGUCAACUGAUGUACAACAUGGAUUUGUAAAUCAAAGCUAUCAACAACCUUCAUUGUCGCAAACAAUUCCUAAUUUCUCCAACGAGCCGUAUGUUUCAACGUUAAAGAUGGGGAGUAAUGCACAACAAGUUGGGAGAACUAAUGCACCAACAAAUCACAAUCCUAUGUUUCAAGAUCAUCGCAUUCAUCCUUCUUUGUUUCAGGAAGAACGAUAUGAUGACGACUUACUACUUGCAAAACUAAAGCAUCGUCAUGAAAAUGAUCAAAUGCACCGACCUGAACCGUCCAACGUUCCUAAACCACCAUAUGUGGGGGCUAGGUUAAGCAAUCAACACCAGAUUCCUUGUGCCUCGUCAAGAAACAUUAUACCGAAUCCAGAGAAUCGUACUCCCAUGAUUUCUUAUACUCAUACCCCAAAAACGUCAGAAAGCUAUUCACCAUUUGCGCAGACAUAUCAGUCUGACCCAUAUGCUUUUAAUUUCCAAACACCAAGCUCAUUAAAAACUACUUAUACUCGUCGACCCCGUGGAAGGCCAAGGAAAAAUCUAAUUUCGAUACCUUCGGUACCUACAACUCAAACUCCCUUAACCUCUCUCAGACAUUAUGGCACACAAGAUAAGGGAAAAGAACAUAUUACAGCAAUCCCUUCUACGAACCCAACUCUGUACAAUCAGUAUCGGAAUUCAUACACAAACAUAAUGACUCCGCAGAGUGGGGUUUUAAGACAACGCAGUUGUAAUGAUCAACUUGAAAAUGAAAGCUCAUCGGCUAAGACAAGAAGGACCAUGGGAACUUUCCAAGAAAAAUCUAUAGCAGAUUCAUCGACGUAUUCUUUUUGGCAAAAUGAAAAUACGCGCUCAGGUGCAGGAUAUGCAGCUAAACACCAUCAUGACAAGAGGUCUAUACAAAAUGCAGCAUAUGAUCCAUUAUACGCAGCUUAUGGAAUGCCCCUUGAUCCCCACUUAAGGUUCUUUUGAUUAGAUUUGUUCGAAUAGGCCAUAUAAUUUGCAUGUUUGAAGAGCCAAUAUGGUUUAUUGAUGGGAAAAGUAUUUCAAGACAAUCACCCUGAAUCGUAUAACCAACUAAAGAUGUGUUCGAUAUAAUAUAUAUAAUCUAGCUGUUCGUAACAAUAGUAUUGUCUCUUUACAUUUUUACCAAAAAAAAACAAUAGUAUUGUCUCUGUCACUAAGCAA